AUGCCCCUUCGGAGAGGCCGCGGCAAAGCCGUGUCUGGGUCUGACCCUCUAACCGCGUGUCUUGACGCGAACGGGACCUAUAUUUGUACGGCGUUCAAUCCGCGUUGCUACAUUAUACAAAAGGUGGUUUCUUCUCCAGGUAUCUCUGGAGGCACUUCGAGUACUAAUGCAGAGGAACUAGAUAUUAAAACAGGGUCUAAUGUGGAUUUAGAUACACAAAUUGGCUGGAAUCUACACCAGUCUCAUUCCCAAUCAUCUGAUUUUGCUUACCCGCUGCCUUUAGACGGCUACGCGUACAUGAAUGGGGAUGUCGGCAAAUUGCCUUCAGGGGCGGUGUACAGUGCCACCCCUGAACCAGGUACUGCUAUGGGUACUCAUCCAGAUUACGUGGCAGUCAACGGGGUAGCAGAGGGGGCUGAGGGACCCAGUACGAUCCCCCCCUCAGCUCCCCAAGAUAAUGCCUCUCAGUCUGCCUAUCCCUUGCCACAACUUAAACAAAUGCUUUCGCAGCAGUUGGAGUAUUACUUCUCUAGAGAAAAUUUAGCUAAUGACACAUACCUUUUGUCUCAAAUGGACAACGAUCAGUAUGUGCCAAUAUGGACAGUGGCAAAUUUCAAUCAAGUAAAAAAGCUUACCAAAGACAUUAAAUUGAUAACCGAGGUAUUAAGGGAAUCACCGAAUGUUCAAGUCGAUGAAGAAGGUGUCAAAGUGCGACCAAAUCAUAAGAGAUGUAUUGUAAUUUUGCGAGAGAUUCCAGAUAAUACGCCAAUAGAGGAGGUUAAGAAUCUGUUUGCUGGUGAAAAUUGCCCUCGGUUUAUAUCGUGCGAAUUUGCCCAUAAUAGUUCGUGGUACGUUACAUUUGAAUCGGACGAAGAUGCCCAGAGGGCUUAUAGGUAUUUAAGGGAGGAGGUGAGAGAAUUUCAGGGGAAGCCUAUCAUGGCUAGAAUAAAGGCCAAACCGAUGAAUCGGCUACCUAUACCUCCAGUAACCGGUGUUAAGAACGGUUUCAGAGCUACUCCCCCUCCUACGGCCGUAUAUGACCCGGCAGCUUUUCCUCCUGGUCAGCAAAGGUUUAUUUACACAAAUGGUACUCCAGGACAGCCUGUUCCUGCAUAUAACCAAGUGCAUGUUUAUCCGUAUCAGCAGCAGCAAUUUUACGCUUCAGUAUGGCCUCCGUCUGCGACAGGUUACUUUGAUAUAAGUAGCGUGUUCCAAGUAAACGGGCUUGCCCCACAGACAUUCAAACAUCCCCCGUACCGCUCUAAUCAGACCAGGCCCCGCAAGCAGUCGAGGGGCGCGUUGCAGAGCAACAGCGAUCAGUCUUCACAGGGUUCCUCUCAAGCCGGCAGCGUGAGCAGCGGGCAGGGCAGCUCAAGGCCAUCGACUUCUCAACAGGCCCCCAGGUCUGUCUCGCCUCAAAGUAAUAACAACAAGACCAGUAUUACUUCGAAGGCGCCGACUUUGGAGGGAGCCAUCCCAAGGACUGGUCUUAUACAUAAUAUUGUUAGUGAUAGUCACGAUGCUCACGCAGCGAGUAGUAGUAGUAUUCCUAUCGGCCUACCCAUUCUUCAUCCUGACGUGUCCUUAGAUAUGUACAGAUUUCCCCAAGCUCCACCUCUGAUUAAAGAGGUGGUACCUCCUCGUCACCGUAGGAAAAAACGUGAUGACGAGAACCCCAGCAGCAGUCAACCACUCCAGACACAAACUAGGGAACCCGUCAAUUCUAGAGGAGCUCAAUUCGAUUUAGUGGAGGAGGCGUUUCCUCCACUUCCAGGGCUGGAUGCCGGUACACAACCGCCAUCGAAACAGUUGCUGGUAGCGAAUUCAACUGUGGAACCGCCUCAGUCGCAAGUGGCGAUCGAGUCUCAACCGCAAGGACAUUGGGGAGAGAAUAGACUAGCAGAUGUUGUUAAGGGCACUGCAAAAUCCAAGGGCAACGGCAGCAGUAAGGAGUCGAGCAGCGGGGGAGACAACGACUCCCCCAGAGCUAUAUCCCCUCAACAUUUUCCACAGUGCAAUCAGACCAUGAGGCAGACUUCGAUAACCGGCCCUCCGGAAUGUAAGGACGCUACGACCGAGAGCGGAGAUAUGCAACUUAGUACCGUUACACUUACCCCACCGAGUUCACCUGAAAAAUUAGUUCCUGCUUUGCCAAUAAAAUGUACCAUGGCUGACAAGUCGACCAAAACCGAUGAUGCUCUUCUAAACGGUGACUUAGAAACUUGCCCUACAACGACAAACGCAGCUACCAUGACCACUGUUGUGCCAACCGAAGCCCCACCACGACCAACACAAGUAACCGCUAGUACUAGUAUGAAAACUCAUCUACCAGUGCAUAGGCAGGACUCUAGAUCUGACACGUUUAAGCAGCCCUCAUCGCCACCCCCCAUUUUGGACUAUUCGGGCAAUCCUCCCCGAAUGAGUUACGCGCAAGUGGCGCAGCAUCACAAGGAGGCUCAUGCACAAAAGGAGAGGCACACCAAGGAGAAACAGCCCGAAUUGGCCACAGCUCCGGUUGCAGGGAAAACGACUUCAAUUACCAAUCCCAGUAAUAAUAACAUUAACACCGUACGCAUCCAGACAGAACGUGAUAAUCGAGGAGAUCUUAGGGAUAAUGGUCCACAGAGGGGAGAAGUUUUACUCAACCAGCAGAGACACAACGGACCAAACCGUGGCGGAGCUCGAGUGGGACAUGACAGAUCCCAGCGCAGGAGACCCGAGGCGAGGACGUCCCAACUGCGCGAUUUCGUGACUCCCCGAUCACCCAAGUAGCACGAAAUGAGGAUAUGGUAAUCCGAGUGCGCACGGGCGUCGUGAAAUGAACCCGCCGGUUUUGUAAUAAUCUGUGCGACCGGUGGCGUCUCGUGUGAGCUCAUACUGCCCCAAAAAACUAUGGCAUUUAAGUGUACACGUAUUUUAUGAUUUCACUUGUGCGAGUCAUAUGUUCCUAGCCCACCAUAAAGCACUGUUGAAUAUUGAUAUGUUUAAAGUGGAUAUUAGUGCUGUACACUGCAAGUUGAGUUCGCGUUGUACGUCUGUGAUCGGCGGCGCGCUCUAAUGCCCUUCUGUCGACGCGCGGCUUUGUUGAACUCGCUGUCUCUCCAUGUUGUACAGGCUAAUGUUAAAAAUUAUUUUUUGACAAAUAAUUACCAUUUAUGUAUAAGCUGUAUAGGGGGAGUCUAGGUCUAGUGUAUAUUGUUGUUGGGUUUUAACUUAGCUACGCAUUCCACUGUUGCUCAGUCACCUUCGAGGAAUAUUUUAACCAAUGAAAAAUUUGUUAACACGGUACGAUGAUUAUGAUGGUAGCGGAUGAGACGUGUGUUGAAUGAUUCACGGAAAAACAAACAAAAAAAAUGUAUAUUUUAAUUUCUACCUUUAAGAGCUGGAACUCCCGAUUCACGGUGUGAACUGUACGUUAUGUGUGUUAUUUUAAAUUUUUGUCGGUAUCGUCAGAGGCGUAACGUAUUUAUAACUGCAGUAUAUACGAUUUUAGUUGUUUCUUUUCAGUUUGCGUUGACGGACGUCGGAAUGUAUAAAUUUAUAUUUAUUAUGACUUAGACUAAUUAAUUAAUAUUUAAGUAACAGCUAUCUCUCGCGGAAUUGAAAGGAAGGUUAAUUUGCAAAACUCCAUCCCAAUUUUUAUAUAACGAUACAGAUUUAGUUGUAUUGUUACUUAUAGGCUGUGUAUGUACAUAACGAACCUACAGUGUCGGAGCAACGGCUUGGUCUGCGUGAUAUUUCAGUUAUCAGUAUGCAACUUACUUUAAGACUGUUAGCUGAUUAUAUUUUAGAUUGUUACUUUUGGUCGAUCGAUUCUGAUGUGCUUUCGGCGCACGCACUCCGGCUUGGCACGUCUCACAUACCAGACCGACGGCCGUGUAAAUUCGACCGCUUAGGAAAAUUUUCGAUUGUUGCGCAAAUUUAAUUGUCACGUUGCUGGUUACAGCUGAUCUUUUUAAACUUUGUGUUUCAGUGAAGUGUACAUUUUUUCGAGGGCACAGGCAGCAAUGAUUAGGUAACGUCUUAAUCGACUCCUCGAAUAAUCCAAGAAUAAUUUAAAGUGGUUUAAUUUCGACACGUUCAGGGAUUUCGAGGAGGUACGCCAAAAGUAGUUCAAAUGUUUUCACCUUGAUUUUUGAAAAAAGUUGAACAUUGGCAAUUAUCUCGAUAUCUUAAUUCCUUUAAGAGGGCUCUACAGCGAAUAGCCAACCAUCAAUACAUUUUUAUAGAAUUUAUUACACAGUUUGUCUAAAUAUGAAUCGAUGCACAAAUAACGGACUUUCCUCCA